AUGAAUAACGCAAACUUCUCAAACUUUAAUCGCGGAUUAAUUAUCAGUGCACAAGGAAUCCGCCUUUCAGAUUUUAUUUCUUAUGAUUUCAAGUCACAACAUGAACACCAAUACACCAAAAAUACCACUUUUCAUGCAAAAUUAGUAAAUUCUACAACUAAGAAAGAAUCAUUUUUGUUAAAAAAUCAUAUUGAACUCUUUAAUGAUGAUUUAGUUUAUAUCAACCAGAGAUUUGAUACUGACGAGACCGUAAAUUUUGCAAAGGUCCUUGUCGAUGAAUCUUCUACAAAUGAUAUUUUUCUAAUAAUACAAUGCUCAAGAGUCGAAUUAACUAUUGAAAAAGAAAGAAUCAAUCCGUCUGAUGAAUUGACUGAAAAAGUGAAAGAAGCACUGAAUCAUUAUGACCCUUAUCAUGAAUUAAUGAAAGUUUUUAAUAUUUAUGGGUGUUUUUUACCAAAAAAGAUAAUUCUCGGGCAUAAAAUAUACCGAAUGGCUUAUCUAACUGUGAAUAAAAAUUUAACUGAAAAUCUUUAUGAAAAUAAUGAAACAGAAUGGACGUCUCUUAAUGAUUUUUCAGAAAGUAAAUUUGGGGAUAUCUUGAGUGAAUGGGAAAAGCGCAUGGAGUCUUAUAACUUAGAUUUAUCUUACCUCGUUUCAAUUAAUGGCGGAUUAAUUAUGAAAAAUCAACUCAAAGAAUGGAUUAAAUUUUGUUUAGAUAGUGACCUUGGCACAUUGCAAGUCAUUAUUGAAUCUAUUCUUGGAAUUAACAACAAAGUUGAAAAUAUGCUUGGAUUUAAUAAUCAAAUUGAGUCUACUCAUAUCAGUAAUAUUAAGGAAAAAGUUCUUAUGACAGGGAUAAUACAAAUUAAAGAUCCUCCCUAUUCAUAUAGUUUAGACUUUCCUAUUUGUUUAAAAUCUAAUAAUUAUAAAGUUUUUGGAAAAUUUAUUACGCAAGAUGAAGAACCAAUUGAUGAGCUCACAUAUAAGGACCCAAAAAUUGCCUGGAUAUUAAUAGGAAUACCUGCUGAAUUAUAUAAUAAUGUCGUCUUAAAAGUACCAGAAGGUUUGCCACAUGAUUCUGUUAUUGUAUUUUCGUUUAAAUAUCCACCUUCAAAUUAUGAACCAAAUCUCAUAGCCAAAGUACAAGGUUAUCAAUAUAACAAAAUGUUAGUCAACAUACGUUGUCUUAAUUAUGAAUCUUCCGACAGUAAAGAGAAUAAGGACACAAUAUCUUUUAACAAUGAAGUGAAUGAAAGUAAUACAAGUUCUAAAUCACUUAACGAUGAUGUUAAUGAAAAUAAUGAAGAUUCUAAAUCUUUUAACAAUGCAGAAAUGAAUAAAAAGAUUUCUUAUCAAGAGCAUUCCAUCCAAUGGUUCAUCCUUCAUAAUUCUGAUGAAACUGCUUCGUUCGAAGCAAUAUUUUAUUUAAAUAAAAUAGGUCAAACAUCUCACUUGAGAACUAAACCAA